GCCCGCCCCGCCAGCCGCCUUCCGACGCCGCGGGGUCGCGGGGGCCCAGCCCGCGUCCUCUUUUGGGGUCUUUUUUAUUUUCUCUCGCUUCCAUUUGGGUUCUGGCUCCGAAUUCACCCAGGGUCCAGGAUGACAAUCCGCCACCAAGGCCAGCAGUACAGGCCGAGGAUGGCAUUUCUCCAAAAGAUUGAAGCGCUCGUGAAGGACAUGCAGAACCCCGAGACGGGGGUCCGAGUGCAGAGUCAGAGAGCCCUGGUCACCAGUGUCCCUCACGCCAUGACAGGAAACGAUGUUCUGCAGUGGAUCAUCCAGCGGCUUUGGAUCUCCAGUCUGGAGGCACAGAACUUGGGCAACUUUUUUGUCAAGUAUGGCUACAUUUACCCCCUGCAAGAUCCCAAGAAUCUCGUUCUGAAGCCUGACAGCAGCCUCUACCGAUUCCAGACUCCAUAUUUCUGGCCCACCCAGCAGUGGCCGGCCGAAGAUACGGACUAUGCCAUCUAUCUGGCCAAGCGAAAUAUUAAGAAGAAAGGGAUUUUAGAAGAAUAUGAAAAGGAAAAUUACAACUUCUUGAACAAAAAAAUCAACUACAAGUGGGACUUUGUCAUUAUGCAGGCCAAAGAGCAGUACAGGACUGGAAAGGAAAGGAACAAAGCAGAUAGGUAUGCACUGGAUUGCCAAGAGAAGGCAUAUUGGCUGGUGCAUCGAUGCCCUCCAGGAGUGAACAACGUACUGGACUAUGGCCUGGACCGAGUCACCAAUCCAAAUGAAACGAAGGUAAACCAGAAACAAACAAUCACUGCUGUCAGAAAAGAGAUCAUGUAUUACCAACAGGCCUUAAUGAGGUCCACGGUGAAGUCUUCGGUGUCCCUUGGAGGGAUCGUCAAGUACAGCGAACAGUUCUCUUCCAAUGAUGCCAUCAUGUCCGGCUGCCUCCCCAGCAAUCCUUGGAUAACAGAUGAUACCCAGUUCUGGGAUUUAAAUGCCAAGUUGGUUGAAAUCCCAACCAAGAUGCGAGUGGAACGAUGGGCCUUCAACUUCAGUGAGCUGAUCCGAGACCCCAAAGGCCGACAGAGCUUUCAGUACUUUCUCAAGAAAGAAUUCAGUGGAGAGAACCUGGGAUUCUGGGAAGCCUGUGAGGAUCUCAAGUAUGGCGAUCAGUCCAAGGUCAAGGAGAAAGCAGAGGAGAUUUACAAGCUGUUCCUGGCCCCAGGGGCAAGGCGGUGGAUAAACAUAGACGGCAAAACCAUGGACGUCACCGUCAAAGGGCUGAAGCAUCCGCACCGCUAUGUGCUGGAUGCCGCGCAAACCCACAUCUACAUGCUCAUGAAGAAGGAUUCUUAUGCUCGCUAUUUAAAGUCUCCAAUCUAUAAGGAAAUGCUGGCCAAAGCGAUUGAGCCUCAGGAAACCACCAAGAGAAGCUCCAGCCUCCCGUUUAUGCGGCGUCACCUCCGCUCCAGCCCGAGCCCUGUCAUCCUGAGGCAGCUGGAAGAAGAAGCCAAGGCUCGAGAGGCAGCCAACACCGUGGACAUCACGCAGCGGGGCCAGCAUGCCGCCCCCAGCCCCCACCUGGCUGUGUACACCGGGACCUGCGUGCCCCCCUCUCCGGGCAGCCCCUUCCUGUCCUGCCGCUCCCCGCGGAGGCCAAGCCUCUCGCCCAGCCGCUUCAUCUGGCCCAGCAGCACCGUCUGCCCCUCGCCCAGCAGAGCGGCCCUGGGGGGCUCCUCGGGCUCCCAGCAGCCAGAGGACCCCCGCGGAGCCUCCACUGACCUGGAGCUGAGCCUGGGAUGCCCCCUGCCCCCUGCCCAGCCCAGGGCCCCUCCCAAGGCACGCCCGGCCCUGGCCCUCGGUGGGUUUCUGAGACGUGGCUGUUUAAGCUCGUCGCUCUUUGCCAGGCUCUCACCCAAGUGCCCCGCUGUGCCCCAUGGGAAGGUGCAGCCCCUGGGGGACGGCGGCCAGCAGCUGCCACGCUUGAAAUCCAGGAAAAUACCAAACUUUUUCCAGAUCAAAAUGGAUGUGCCCACGGAGAGCGGGACCUGCUUGAUGGACUCAGAGGAGGACGCCAGGACGGGAGAGCCAGGCGACCGCACCGCAGACAAGGAGGUGGUCUGUCCCUGGGAGAGCCUGGCUGAGGGGAAAGCAGGCUGAGCCGGGCCAGGAAGGUGCUCGCUGCAGACUCCAGCUCCCCCGAGGCUGGAGGGGCCACGGGACAUGCUUGCUCUUGAACCAAAGUGCAUUACUAUCCUAUUGGGGUCAGAAAGACAAGGUGCAGUGGAUAGUGGGGAAGCAGGCUCCGGCUUGGGCCCCCGACGGCCACCACUGUCCCUUCCUCCUGACCUCCCCUCCGUGGGCAGAAGAAAGACAAGCAAACCUGAAGACUUUACUUGCUGCCUUAAUAUCAAUAAAAGGUUGACAUGUAAGA